UUUUGCAGUGUGAAUUUAUGUUGUAAAGUGUGUGAUGGCAGAGACUGUUGGCUGUGUCUGUGGUUUGAGAUUGUCCUCCAUGGAACCCAGCACGUGCGCACACUUGUACCUGGCCAGUAAAAACAGAUGUGGUCAGAUGGGCUGUGUGUUUUCCCCUCAGCAGAGAUUUAGUGUCCUUAUGAAAAGCAACCCCAAAGGGCUCCACAGCUGUACAAGUUUGAAAGCCACCAUAUUAAUCAGGUAAUCCUCUGGUCCUAGUUAUUUAAGAAGUACAGUUCCAGAGUUGUUUCCAGAACAUACAGUUGUGAUUACAUGCCACUCUAUGUACAUAUCAAGGAGCUGCAAUGAGUGUUCUAGACCUCCACUUUUAUAGUUGACUGUGGCAGUGGCAGAGGGUGGUACUGUGGUGUGGGUGAAAGUCCACACAUUGCAUGAUGGAGCCCUUCCAUCUUGUUCAUAGGAAGACUUCAGUGUGUGACUAAACCAUCAUGGGACGGCCUUUGUUGGUGAAUGGGGUUCAGUGGCUGUCAGUACCGCUCUGUGCAGCUCUGUAAACCUGUGGGAUGGAGUUCUCAGUUUCAGUGCAGGAUAGGGAAAGCCUAACUCAUUCUGCUCACCUGGGGAGGGACUGCUCGGGACAGGAUUCGGUCUCGCCCUUCCCUUAGCACCUUCACACCAUUGGCUCCUUUGCCUGCUCCGGCCCUCACUAAUCCCAACUAUCUUCUGUCAGGUCAGCAUGUCUAGUCCUUCCAUGUAGCAGGUAGGUGCUUAGAUCCUGAGGGAGGUAAUCUGGGAGAGCUGUCUCACCACCACCCAUGCUGGUGCAGCUGUGCUUUGAUUAUGAGUAACUACAAGCUGGGGCGUGCUCCCUUUUCACUCUGCAUACAACUGUACUGUUUCAGUCUAUUUCCUUUUCACUUUGUUUUGUUUUGUUUUGUUUUGUUUUUGGAGACAGGGACUCACCUUGUAGCCCAGGCUGGGCUCAAACUCUUGGCAAUCCUCCUGCCUCACCCUCCUCAGUUCUGGGAUUGCAGAGAUAAGCCUCAUGUCCAGGCAACUUUAAUUAGAAUUUCAGGCAUUGUAACAUGGUGCAAUGAAAACCUGAUGAGGAGAGAGGAAGACAGUCUGAGACUGAAGGCUGCCUAGACCCUCAGGACACUUGGCUCCCCAUCUCCACAUCUGUUCUCUUCUGCUAGGUUCUCUCUUCUUUGUUGAGUUCGUAGGUUAACUAAAUGUUCCUUCUCUUCUCAUGGCUUCCAUGACAUUAAGCAUAUUCUCACAAACGUGACACAAUAAGACACAAGAUCAAAGGUGAACCAUGCACUUGCUAUUUUUUUCUGGCAGUAAGCAUUGAACCAACUUGCCAGAUAAGUGCUUGACCACUAAGUUUGUUAUUACCAGCCCUUGUUUUGGGGGUGUUUGUUUAAUUUCACUACGGGUAGGCCAGGCUAAUCCUGAACUUCAGCCUUCUACUUCAGUUUCCCAAGUGCUGGGAUUAUAGGCAUGUCCACCAGGCCUGGCUACGAGUAUGUAUGUAUUCUCAUGUGUAUAUACACACAUAUAUGUGCAAACAUGCACCAGUGGGAGCUGAUAAUUUCUCAGUGGAGGAGCAUCUUUACAGAAUCUCCUAUUUUUCUAUCCAUUUUCACUGCUUUUUCGAAGAACGGUUUGUCUGUGGGUAGCAUGAUGUGUGGUGCAUUCCCAGUGGUUGUGUGCAGGGUUCAUUACCCGGUGGUUGCUGUUUGUCUAGAGCAUUCUGCCAUGUCUUGUCGACGUUUGUUGUGGUAUACCUAUACCACAAGGCCCAUUUUAUAACCUAUAAUCUCUAAUGCUUCAUCUUGUUCAUCCUGUCUGCACUUGCCCACCUUUAGCUUUUAGACCCUGAACACUGUCCCCGCCUGUUGUCAUUCUCUGCCACCCUCCAUGCAUGUGUAAACCAGAACUCUGAGGUAAUGAUCUGAAGUAACUGGGGAAUGAAAUGUGCUGGGAAAUCCUCUCUGGAAAGCCAGCUCCAGCGGAGGCUCUCCUUGCAUUAAAGAACGUGCUAAGAUGGCUGAUGAAGUCUUAACCAAAGACAAAUAGGAAAAUGCAGCCACACACAGUCUUGCGUUUCCAGCCUUCAGAGAGAUUUGGUAGCCGUCAGUCAGCACCUGGGCUGGCUGCCUUGGCAGCCCACGAAGAUAGCUGUGACUGUCAGUGUUCUGCUGCUGUUUCCAAGGAAGAACAUGUACCCAGCAGCUGUGGGCGUUUUCUGAACUAUAAAAAGGAAUUGGGAGUAUUUAUAUGGCCAUAAUAAAGAAAAAACGAAGGACCUAGAAGACAAAGCUGCUCACUCCACGUGUGAGGACAGUGAAGAGAAGUUUGACUUCUCAGUGAUGUCUUACAAUAUACUCUCCCAAGAUUUGUUGGAGGACAACUCGCACCUCUACAGACAUUGCCGGCGUCCAGUGUUACACUGGAGUUUUCGGUUUCCCAAUAUUCUCAAAGAAAUCAAACAUUUUGAUGCAGAUGUGCUCUGUCUACAGGAAGUUCAAGAAGAUCAUUAUGGGACAGAGAUCAGGCCAAGUCUGGAAUCACUAGGUUAUCACUGUGAAUAUAAGAUGAAGACAGGAAGUAAACCUGAUGGCUGUGCCAUCUGCUUCAAACACUCCAAAUUUUCACUCUUAUCUGUGAACCCAGUGGAGUUCUGCCGCCGUGAUAUUCCUCUGUUGGACAGAGACAACAUUGGAUUAGUUUUACUCCUGCAGCCCAAAAUCGCUCGUGCUGCCCCUCCCUCCAUCUGUAUAGCUAACACACAUCUGCUGUACAACCCACGGCGAGGUGAUAUUAAGCUGACCCAGCUGGCAAUGCUGCUGGCAGAGAUUUCCAGUGUGGCCCAUCAGAAAGAUGGCAGCUUCUGUCCCAUCAUCAUGUGUGGUGACUUUAAUUCUGUUCCUGGUUCUCCACUCUAUAGUUUCAUAAAGGAAGGAAAACUGAAUUAUGAAGGACUUGCCAUUGGAAAGGUAUCUGGCCAGGAACAGUCUUCACGGGGACAAAGAAUCUUAUCUAUUCCAAUUUGGCCCCCAAACCUAGGCAUCUCACAGAGCUGCGUGUAUGAGCCACAGCAGGGUCCCAGAGUAGAGAAGACAGACGGCGAGCUGACACAAGCCCAGCUGGAGAAAGCAGAGGUCCUCGAGCCAGCUGAAAAAGUGUCCUCACACCUGCAGCACCACUUCAGCUUGUCGUCUGUGUAUUCACAUUACUCUCCUGACACUGGAGUUCCAGAGGUGACCACCUGCCACUCCCGGAGCGCCAUAACUGUGGACUAUAUUUUCUACUCUGCGAAAAAGGAUGGCACUGCUGGGGGCCGAGGAGCUGAAGUUGCUUUGGUUGGUGGCUUGAAACUUCUAGCUAGACUGUCACUUCUUACAGAACAAGACCUGUGGACUGUGAAUGGCCUUCCCAAUGAGCACAACUCCUCAGAUCACCUGCCUUUACUGGCCAAGUUCAGGCUUGAGCUCUGACAGUAGCUGUUACUGUCUGUACUCUUUUCAAAGGCUGGAAAGAUAUUAAUGGUUUGCAUGCUGUUCAAUUUUGUGCUGUGAGGUUCUGAAUUUCUCUUAUAUGCUUGAAACAGAUUGGAAGAAACAAGUUUAUAACAGUUUUUUACUGAAAUAUUUUUGUGAUAACUGAUGUCUAAACACUUUAUUAUAAAGAGGUGUAAAUGACUUCUGAGUCCUGGUAAAGUUGACAGCAUUUUUAAAAUGUGCUUCACUUCCUUGGUCCUGCAGAUAGGAAUUCAGUGCUUUUCUGUAUAUCUGGUGGUCCUGCCAGGACUUGUAAAGCUCAGGUUGUUGCCUUUUCUGGAGGCCUGAUUUCCCUAGGAGAAGCCUAUGCUAGCUGAGAGCUGGCGGGUUCUUAGAAGUCCCUGGGUCACUCAUCUACAGCGUUCACCCACAGUAGCUUCUGGAGAGGCUGGAAAAUGCUCUUGAGUUGUAGAGAGUACUUGGCCCACUUCCCUGCCAUCCUGAGCGAUGGGGUAUACCUACACUUUGUUAAGAGUUGAGAAGAGAGAGCUAGGCUGUUAGCCACGUAUGGUGGCACAUACCUGUAACCUUAGUACUUGGAAUGUGGAGGCAGGAAGAAUAGCUCUUAAAAAGACAACAAAAAAGAGGCAAUGUUCUUUAUGUAAGUCCACUCCUGCACUGGACAGGGGUUGCCCCAAGGAAAGCAGAUGAGCCAUGUGUGACCACGAGCGCCUUUAAUUCCAGCACCUGGGAGACAGAGGCAGGAGGAUCACUGUAUAUUCCAGGCUAGCCAGGGCUACACAGCAAGACCCUGUCUCAAAGACAGAGAAAAAGGAAGCAGACCCCAAGUUAUACCUCUAUCCCCCUGCACUUUCCUGUUUAGUGACAAGUAGAAAGCCCUUGGGUCAGGAGUGACAUUUUGUUGAGCCAAUUUUGUAUAAAUUAGAAAAAUGGUCUUUGGAAGGAAGUGGCAGCUCCACAGCUAUUUGCCUCCAACGUGCACAGAACCAGAGCGAGAGAGGUGUGGCUUAGACCUGGGAGCCCACACUCCACGCUCUUUGCAACCAAUGAACUAUUGGCUGCCGUGCUGGGCGUCCUGGUGCCGUGGUGCAGUGGUGCAACGUGGCACUGCACUGUCCCUGAAGCUCACAGCUGCCGAGCCGUGCCAGCCCUGCACAAGAGUGGGUAAGAGAACUUUAAAUGGAAGUAGAAAUUUCCUCUGCUUUUUAAGGUAGUAAAUCAGAUUUCAGGCAUUUUUACUAAGUCAUUACUGUGCAGUAAAUCACAAAUGUUUUCUACAGUGAGUUUUAUUAGUAGAGUUUAGACGUUAAGUUUUUGCAGUUUACCUUUUUAACUCAUUUAUGACAAUUAUUUUAAGCCUACUGGAUGACUGCCUCAGAAGGUGUGCAGAUGGUAAAGGUGUGCCCAGUGAAAACUGCAGUGAGCAAACUCUCUCACUUUGGCUUUUGUGAAGAGUGUUAACUGUAGUGCCAGGAUGCCCAGUUUUAAUAGUACUUUGUGGAGUGUAAAGGGUCCUGGGUAGAAGACAUAAUUAUCAAAUUUCAGUGGUAAUUGUCCCUAUUUAAUAUGGGGAGUUUUUGAGUGAAUCCUAUAAACAUCAUUGCUGGCAAACUAACAUUCCUGAAAACCUCUGUAAAGUUUUUAUAUCCUGAUGAAUAUUUUGUGAAUUGAGGCCCAUUUCAUGUAUGCACUUUGAUACAGUUAAUGUGUAAAUUGCUGUUGGCUUAUCAAUAUUGUGGCCACAGGACACUUCUCACGAGCUUUUAAAGCUCCAAUAAAAUGAUCUAUUUUCUCUACUAUUCUUGACAGAAGGGCUGGCAGCUCCUCUGGGCUUGUGUUGAUCUGCCAAGCACAAGUUGAUCUGGCUGACAGCAGAAGUCAUAUCUCGGUCUCAAGUGUGUGCUACCCAUGUGCCUGGUGUGUGUGUGCGUGCUUGGGAGUGUACGUGUGUUUGCACAUGUGUGUCUAGAGGCCAGAGGUGAGCCUUGGUAUUAUUCCUCGGGAGCCACCCAUCUUUUAUUUUAAGACAGGGUCUCGCUGGCCUAGACUAUGCCAAAGUAGAAUAAGCUGGCAAGCCAGCAAGGCCCACAGGUCCUCCUGUCUGCCUCCCUCACAUCUUCUCAUGUGGGUCCUGGGGAUCACACUCGGGUCUUCUCACUGAGCCAUCUCUCAGCCUCCUGCUGGCCAAGUCUGAAAUGCAGAGGGAACUAUAAAGUGACAUUAUAGUUUCUACUGCCCCUUUUGCCAUUAAGACAAUAGAUGUGCUGGAAAUGUGUCUUUCAGGAUUUAGUCUGCUAGCUUUUAAUCUUUUCUUCUUAAGUUAUACAGCAUCGAGUCCUUUGUACUGUGUGCCUGUAAGCUGUAAUAAAGUAAUUUUUGCACA